AUGACUGAUCUAAUUCAGGCGAAAGAAGCAAAAGAGGGAAGAGUAUUGGCUCGCACAUUUUUGGGAAAAUUAUCCCGUAAGUGCCAAACAUAUUCCAGAACAUCGCUCAGAACGUCUACGAUGGAUCUGCAAUGUUUCCAUCAGGUGAUUCUGCACAUGCAAUCUGCUAAUAACGCAGAACGGGAUGAAGCCGAAGAUGUGUACAACAAAAUGGAACUCGCCCCGAAGGCAUCGCUGCUAUUCUCCCUGUAUUGUACUGCAGAUGCUCCAUUCGAGGUUCCAUUACAGUCUCGAACGAUGUGUCUUAUUCUUCUUCGUCGACUGUUGUCGAAUUGUUGGACGAAAUUGUGGGAGGAUCUGGGCGCGAAUCAAAAGAGCUUUACUGAUCAACUUAUAAAUAUGGUAAUGACUGAACCUGAUGGACGACUGCGUAGAAAACUUCUUGCAGUUGUUUCAGAGGCUGCGCGUUAUACGGUCGAUGAUGAGACGGGUAAGCAAAAAUGGGUCGAGUUGAUUCAGUUCCUUGAACACUGUAUGUCUAGCGAUAACGUUACCGAGAUUGAAUAUAUUGUGAUCCUAUUGGAAUCUGUACCUAACAUCUUUGGUGUCGAUCAAGACCAUUACAUUCCUCGUAUAAAGGAAUCGUUUUCCACAUUGCUCAAAAAUGAGAGACCUGAAAUUCGUUCAUCUGCAUUCAAAGCUUACGUAACAUUCGUUAUCGAGAACGAAGAUGAUAAUCAUCUUGUGAGGGAGAUGUCGUCAUUAAUGCCACUAAUUGUUGAGGUUUGUCGCUAUGCGUGCACCCAUAAUCAUGGCGACGACUCACCACUGCAAUGCCUUUGCGAUCUCGAGACCGCUAUGCCUAAACUUGUGAAUCCCUAUCUUUCAAGUUUCUUGGAAAUGUGUAUUGAGUGCGUACUAAACGUCGAGAAAGAUGAAGCCUAUCGUCACUCUGCCACUGAGGUUUUAGCGACGAUCUGUGAACGUUCAACAGCUGUUCUUAAGAAGCGCUAUUCACAGAGUAUCUUCUUCAUAUGUAAGUUUGGUGUCUUCUGUUAUAGUUCUACAGAAGGACGGUUUAUAGAAAGCUACGUCGCUCAGGUCAGUUGUCCAGUAUACAAAACAAUUUGCGCAUUUGUGGAUUCUGUACUUUUCUCAAUUUUUUGUGCUCAAGAGGAAUGGCAAGAACGACAUGUCGCAGUAAUGGGUUUCUCGGUGAUUGGGGAGGGUUGUCAACGUGUGAUGGAACCACAAAUAGAUCAAAUCGUUAGGGAAAUUUUGCCAUUCUUAGACGAUAAGCAUCCACGUGUUCGCUAUGCUGCUUGCAAUGCCUUAGGACAAAUGUCUUCAGACUUUGCUCCAGCGUUACAGAAAAGAUGUCACGAAUUGGUAUGGCUAUUACUUGUUCUUAUUUAUAGGGUUGUUCCUGCUUUGAUGGCUACAAUUCUUGACGUUUCUUGUGAUCGUGUAUCAGCGCAUGCUGCUGCUGCUCUAAUAAACUUUUGUGAAGAUUGUCCAAAACAGAUAAUAUCUGCCUACCUUCCUGCUAUCGUCAAUGGGCUGGAGCAGGCAUUAGGCAAUGCUUAUGGCUGUUUGCAAUCCGUUGGAAAAAAGUUACGCUGCGAACAAAUAGUUACUGCUAUAGCAUCAGUUGCUGACGCUGCUCAGGACCUGUUCGUUGAAUUCUAUGAUCGUUUGGUUCCUAACCUCAAAUAUAUUCUUUUAAAUUCGACUGCUGACAAGUAUAGGAUUCUUCGUGGGAAAACCUUGGAGUCUCUGUCGCUGAUUGGUGUUGCCGUAGGAAAGGAGAAAUUUCAUAAUGAUGCGAUCGCAAUCAUGGAUUUAAUGCGCGAUUCAAUGCCUUCCGUAGCUACCGAUCACCCUGAAUACUCGUAUUUGGUUUGCAGUUGGACACGUAUAUGCAAGGUGUGGGAUUUUUUCGUCUGGUUUAAAGUACUGGGUAAGGAGUUUUCACCGUAUCUACCUAUGAUUAUGGGCCAUGUUUUACAAUCCGCUGCCUACAAACCUGAAGUGGCUGUUGUAGAAGAAGAUCAAUAUGAUAAGGGUGAUCCGGCUUGGUCAUACCACUCUGUGGGCGAUAACAAGAGUUUCGGUAUACGUACUGCAGGACUCGAUGAGAAAUCCGAUUCAUGCGCUAUGUUGGUUUGUUACGCUAGAGACUUGGAAGUGAUGACACCAAAUAAUAUCAUUGUAGAGGAAUUCCUGCCAUAUGUGAACGAUGUUGCGAAAUUGUCAAUAGAAAAUUUGCGUUUUCUAUUUGUUGAUAGUGUUCGGUGCUCUGCUGCAGAGACGUUGCCGUGGUUGUUGAAAUGCGUCAAAGGCCAGGGUAUAGAGGCCAUGCGACAAUUAUGGUUAGAAUUCUUCCCAGCUAUUUGCUCUGCAGUAGACACCGAAAGUGAACUGGAGGUAGUUGAACGUCUUAUGGAUUCUCUUGCUGAAUGUGUUCUUCAGUUUCGUACUGGGGUAGGAAUUUACAAUUUUUCCUGUUGUCACAUUUUUCCUUUUAUACUUUUAAAUAAUGCUUUUCCAAAGGAUUUCAUUGUUCAGGGUUUGACCAAUGAGGACAUCGAGAAAAUCGUUGAGGUGUUAGCCCAACAGCUCAAAAAGCAUGAAAUCAGGAGAGUGGAUGCUGAAGCUGAAGCGGCGGAAGAAGUAGACUCUUAUGAUUUCUUAUCCACCACAAUGUGGGAGAAGCGAGUUGUGUUUUUUCCUCAGGAUGCUGAUCCGGACGAUAUGAGAGAGAAAUUGAGUGAGGAAGCAGAGAUGGAAGGCGAAAUGCUUGCUCGUUUCUCUGACCUUAUCCAUAACAUGUUUGAGACUGUGGGAGAGCGCUUCUUUGACUACAUAGAACCACUUGUGCCAGAAUUUCUGCAGCUUAUUGAUAUUCGACGUGCCUAUCCUUCACGGCAGUAUGGUGUUUGCUACAUUGAUGACUGCAUAGAAUUCGCGCCAAAGAGAUGUGCGAAGUAUCAGGAGCAAUUCGUUCCUCUCAUGCUUAGAUGCCUUACGGAUGACUAUCCCGAGGUAAGACAAGCUGCCGCGUAUGGAUUCGGAGUAAUGGGUAUGGUUGGUGGGAACGAGUACUUAAAUACCGUGACGAAUGCACUUGAACCUCUUGCCGCAAUGGUGAGCAGCCCAGACGCGAGGUCGACUGAAGAGAGCUCCGGAGCUACUGACAACGGUAUUGCCGCUGUAGCGAAAAUUUUAAAAUACUCAGGAGCCAAUAUUGAUGUUGCACAAGUUGUUCCUGCGUUUUUGUCAUGGUUGCCUACACAUGAAGAUGUGGCGGAGACUCCUCACAUAUACGGCUAUCUUGCUGACCUUAUCGAGUCGAAUCAUCCGGUGGUUCUUGGAGAAGAUAAUUGCAAUUUACCACGAAUAGUGUUUAUUAUUGUGUCCGCGUUCAAUUUGGAAGCUUUUCCACCGACCGAAGAAGGAGCAGCUGUUGGUCAUCGGCUGCGACACAUCCUGAAGGUUUUGCACAGUAAUUCGGCAAUGUUUGAAGCUGUUGUUCAAGCUGCCCAACUUGACGAAAAAAAGAGAAAGACAUUGCAUGACCUAAUUUCUUAA